AGUCGGUGAAAUAUCGCGGCUCGUGGCUGAUAACCCUGUGGCGUAGAUUUACGGCUUAAAUCGGAAUUGUGAGUGCCGUCGGAAGUUACUAAAAAAAAAUAAUCUCUAAUUGACCUGUGAGAAUUUUCUUCACAAAUAACUUUUUUGUGUUCACAUACGGACUGUUUUGCUAACUAUAUAGCUUUUUAAUAAAUAUCUGUUGGAUUUGACACGCGGAAAAAUCAAAAGUAAAAUGUUGUGAUUUGAUCACAGUGUUAAAUUCUUGUAUUUAUGUAAUGUUCAAGUGUUGAAUUUGACUAUAAAGUUAUUUUUGUUUGGAAUAUAUUGACCUGUAGUUGCCUUUAUGUGCGAGUCAGGAAGUUUUAUGAGAAAUCCCUAUCAAACAGGUUGCAAUUAAAUUCGGCGGAAGUGAUGCAGGUACAGAGGAUGGAUUUGCAGUGAUCAGAGUAAUUCUGUCCCACAUUGUUGCCAUUAAUGGAUAAAAAUUGUGGGAAAAGUGCAGCACAGUCGUGAGUGGAGAAAUAUUCUUGGACAGAAUGGCCAUAUAGGAUUUCCAUGAAAUGAGACGCAGGAUUUUGGGUGUGGCAUAAGGAGCCCCAAGAUGUGGCGACUGCCGCUCGUAUGGACUCUGAUUUCUCUCGUCCAUCUUACAUUAUGCUCCUCUGAGAAUCUGUACAGAAACGCUCGUCUAAAUCCCAGGAUCGUCCAGACUCGUCAUGGGCGUCUCCAGGGACUUAUCCUCCCACUGGAUUCCUUCAAGUUCCUCAAACCAGUUGAAAUUUACCUGGGAGUUCCCUACGCAACACCACCGACCAAGCUCAAUCGAUUCAGUCCUACACGAACGACUUCGCCCUGGGAUGGAAUUCGAGUAUCAGACAAAUAUAAAUCCGUAUGUCCUCAGAGGCUGCCAAAAAUAACUAAUGAGACUUUAGCUCUUGAAAAGAUGCCAAGGGGCCGAUUAGAAUAUUUGAAGCGUCUGCUGCCAUACUUGCAGAACCAAUCGGAAGAUUGUCUCUACUUGAAUGUCUUUUCUCCAGUGCACGCUGCAACGGCAGAGAAGAAACUUCCUGUUGUUGUGUUUAUACACGGAGAGUCAUUCGAGUGGAAUAGUGGCAAUCCCUAUGAUGGCUCAGUCUUGGCCAGCUAUGGAGACUUAGUAGUUGUCACACUAAAUUAUCGAUUAGGUAUUUUAGGUUUUCUUAAUGCCAAUCCGAGUCCUCAUGUCCGAGCUCGGGUAGCAAAUUAUGGCCUUAUGGAUCAAAUGGCGGCCCUACAUUGGGUACAGCAGAACAUUGCGAAAUUCGGGGGUGAUCCCGGUGCGGUUACACUCGCGGGGCAUGGAAGUGGGGCUGCGUGCAUUAAUUUUCUCAUGACCUCACCCACAAUGAUGCCGGGUCUCUUUCAUCGUGCCAUCCUCCUCUCGGGCUCAGCAUACGCAUCAUGGGCCGUCGUCGAGGAUCCCGUGGUGUAUGCACUAAAGCUAGCAAAGGAGCUCAAUUGCACAAUUCCCCAGGACAUGAUUAAGAAUCAUGAACAAAUUGUCGAUUGUCUCCGUGAUGUGCCCCUGGCGGAACUUAUGGCUGUAGAAAUUGAGGCACCGAACUUUCUCUCCGCCUUCGGUCCAUCAGUGGAUGGAGUUGUGAUAAGAAAGGGAUUAUCGAAUCAAGACCCUGAUCUGCCAGCGGCUAUGAAACGUUCUCAAGAUGUUCGAUAUGAUCUUCUUUUUGGCGUGGUGACGGGUGAGGCUCUCUGGCGAUUCAGCAACAACGAUAUCACCAAUGGAUUUGAAGGGGAACGUCGCGAUAGAAUCAUUAGAACGUACGUUCGCAAUGCCUACACUUUCCAUUUGAGUGAAAUUUUCUACACGGUGGUCAAUGAGUACACAGACUGGGAGAGGACGUCGCAGCAUCCAAUCAAUACGAGAGAUGCUGCUGUAGCCGCUAUAUCGGAUGCCCAAUUUGUAGCGCCUCUCGUUCAUACGGGCGACACUUUGGCACCUACGCCUGGUUUACCUGGUCAGGAAAAGUCCGGUCCCAAUUGCUUCUUUUACGUAUUCGAUUACCAAACCAAAGAUGGAGACUACCCACAGCGUAUGGGGACGGUUCAUGGGGAAGAUCUGCCUUAUGUGUUCGGAGCACCCUUAGUGGAUGGCUUCAGUCACUUUCCGCACAAUUACACAAAAGCUGAGGUGUCUCUUUCGGAAUCCAUAAUUCUCUUUUGGGGCAACUUUGCUCGUACGGGGAAUCCUAAUGAACAUCACAGGCAAGAUUCCUUAUUGCCAGCAUCAAAGGAUAGAAAUCGCUUUAGGGGUAUAACAUGGGAUGAGUAUGAUCCUGUCCAUCAGAAGUACCUCGAAGCGGGGAUGAAGCCAAGAAUGAAAAACCACUUUCGAGCGCAUCAACUGUCAAUUUGGCUGAGACUGAUUCCUGAACUCCAUCGGGCUGGAAUGGAGGAUGUCAUUGCCAGGCAUAACUUAUUCAGGAACCACGACAACAUGGAUCUCUAUGAUGGUCUCGUGAAGUCAGAUUCUCUGUCUCGACUGUCAUUCCUCGAAGAGACACUCAAGCGGCGGGGAAAUUCCACUGAAAUUGCGUCAUUAGGCAUUACCACCGUAGAGCCAUCAUCACUGACAACAUGUAUGCCUGUUGGGAAUUUCACCACCUAUGCCACAUCCCCAUUCAAUAGUUCCACCACCGACACACUCAGCAGCAGUGGCGAUUCAUCUGGCUACGCUGCAUAUUCCACUGCCCUUAGUGUAACCAUUGCCAUUGGGUGUAGUCUCCUCAUACUGAAUGUGCUCAUUUUCGCGGGCGUAUACUACCAGCGGGAUAAGACACGUCUUGAGGUCAAAAGUCUGCAGAAGCAGUACCAGCAACGGGAGAUGCAUCAGCAAUCCUUCGAUCCGAUCAAGCACGCCCAUUACCACUUGGGGCACUCGCAAUCCUCGAAUGUGAUUGUCGAUGUUGAGAAUCACGAUUCCGGCACCAUUCUGCUCUCGAACGACAUCAAGUCGCCACACAUAUGCAGCAAUAGCAUCCAGAUAAAUACGACAGGCGGAUGCAUUCAGACCAAAAUUCCACUGAGUGACUCCAACACAGGCACGUACAAGAGUCGAAGUGAACAAGUGACGCUCCCCAUGAAGAAUGCCCAGAUAUUCACCCGAGGCGGUACCGGGGCAGCAUUCACGGGUAUGAUGACACUGCCCAAGUCCACAGGGAUGCAGACACAGCAGCAGAUCACGUACCGCACAGAAUGCAUGACUCUGCCACGAAAUACAAACACCAUGAGCACAAACACCAUCGGCAUGACAGAGGCUCAUCCAAAUAAAACCCGAUUGCACGUUUAUCUGGCACUAAGAGACACCUUGAGUGGCAAUGGCGUGACUUUUGCAGAGAUCGGAGCUGUGUCUGCAAAAGCAAGGAGCUCCAAUCUCAGGAAGUUGCUCAAAAUCACGGGAUAUGUUUGGCCUAAUUUACUGAUUGAACUGCUGGUAUUCCAUGCGGAAUUAAAAAAAAAGUGUUUUGCUGGUGGACUUAUUAUUUGGUAGUAUUCUCUCGUUUCUAGGCGACAAUUAAAAUUCAGUGAUCAUGACAGAGAGAAAGAUUUCGUGGUGCACUUUUGAGUACGUGCAGAGAAUUUUAUAGUGAUUGUGAAAGUUCUGUAUUAUGGUGCAAAGAGAGAUGGUGCCAAAGCAUCCUGAAAUCUCAACCAAUUAUGACUCUUCUAGUAAUUAAAGUCUCGAGUGUAAAUAUCAUCAUAUAAGAUAGGGCUUUUAGAUGUGAAAACAUCAUUCAUACCAAUUAUAUGACAAAUUUUCGUUGAUUUACUAAUUGGUAGACAAAAGUGACACAUAUGCUGCAUUUUGCACACAUUUCUGGUGAAAAUUUAGAAUGCAUAAAAGGUCAUAAAGAAAAUAGGGCAAUUGUGUAUAGUAUAUUUGCAUUAAAACCCCAAUAUGAAACGCGAGGUUGAAUGCAUUUAUGAAAUAAAAUCAAUACAUACCAUUCAGCAUGAGUCAACAGGGCAACUACCAACAUCAAUGGCAUCAAUACAAUGCUAAAAUGCAAGGAAUAUGACGUUUUGUUUGAUAAACCAUGUAUGAAAUUAAAUUGUAAAAAAAACGACAUAAAGAACAAAAAAAAUAAAAUAAAAUUUAACUAUAAAUGGAGUAAGAAA